GCUGCCGCGCCGCCGCCAUGCGCUGGGCCUGGGCCGCCGCCGUGGCCCUCCUCUGGCCGCACCUCGCGCUCCCCGGGGCCGUCGGGGCGCGGCGCGAGCACCGCAGGCCGCGCCCCGAGGCCCCCGCCGCCACGGCGUCCAGCAGCGACGGGCCCCGCGGCUCCUCCCCCAAGCCUCCAGAGGCCUCCACGCCCGAGUUUUCGGCUGCCCACAUGACAUGGCUGAACUUUGUCCGCCGGCCUGACGACGUGGUCUUGAAGAAACGGUGCCGGAGCCGGGACAAGAAGUCGCGAGGCCUCUCUGGGCCCCCAGGGCCCCCUGGCCCCCCUGGGCCCCCAGGUCCCGCUGGUGCCGUGCUCACCCAGGAGGCCCUGGCCCAGGAGUUCCAGCGACUGCUGAGAGAAGCCGCGGAGCGCCGGUUCUCAGGGCUGCUGGGUCCGUGGCUGGCCGAGGGGCCGGCAGGGCGGCUGGAGGAGGCCUUUCACUGCAGGUUGCGCGGGCCACUGCAGGUGGACAAGAGAACCUUGGCAGAGCUGAGCGGCUUCCAGGCUCCCACGGCCCAGGGCGCCUUCCUGCGAGGCUCUGGCCUCAGCCUGGCCUCCGGUCGAUUCACUGCGCCCGUGGCUGCCAUCUUCCAGUUCUCUGCCAGCCUGCAUGUGGACCCCAGGGAGCUGCAGGGCCGGACUCGUCUACGGGCGAGGGACACAGUGCGAGUGCUUAUCUGCAUUGAGUCCCUGUGCCACCAGCACACGUCCCUGGAGGCCAUCUCGGGACUGGAGAGCAGUGGCCGGGCCUUCACGGUGCAUGUUCAAGGGCUGCUGCAGCUGCAGGCGGGACAAUAUGCUUCGGUCUUCGUGGACAACGGUUCUGGAGCAGCCCUCACGGUGCACGGUGGCUCCAGCUUCUCCGGAAUGCUCUUGGGCAUGUGACCUUAGGGUCUGCCGACGGCUUGUGCUGCUCUCACACAAUAAAGUGCCAGUGCUCCUGUC